GGACAGUCCAGAGGAGGUGGAUUAGAGACCCAAACAUCCACUCAUUCUUGCUGUAUAGGAAAGCCUGACAACUUUUGGAGCUGUUUUCUUGUACAAUGAAAGAUACAACUGAAAGUCAAGAAAGUGGUCAAGAAAGUGAUGAGAAGAUACAAGAACGAGGUCAAUGGAGCAGCAAACUGGAAUUUGUGCUAUCCGUUGCUGGUUCCAUUAUUGGCUUGGGCAACAUGUGGCGAUUCCCAUACUUAUGCUACAAGAAUGGAGGAGGUGCAUUCCUCAUUCCAUACCUCAUUUUCCUAUUCACCUGUGGGAUUCCUACGUUUGUCUUGGAGACAGCUUUAGGCCAGUACACCAGUGAGGGAGGCAUCACCUGCUGGAGGAAAAUCAGCCCUCUCUUUGAAGGACUAGGCUAUGGCACACAAGUCAUUGUAUCCUUACUGAAUUGCUACUAUAUUGUUGUUCUGGCAUGGAGCAUCUUUUAUUUGUACUUCUCUUUCUCCUGGGACUUACCAUGGUCCUCAUGCCACAAUUCUUGGAAUCUAGGUGAGAAGAUUACUUUCUACAUUAGGUCUUAUAGUGCAAAUUCACUGUUUGGAAUGUGCAUCACAUGCUGGGUUCCUCAGUGUUGGGCCAUUGUUUUUGUCAAAGAAACUUGUGUGGAGUUCCAGAGGAGGAAUGAUUCUGCCAACUUCACACUGACUGCAAAUGCCACUUCUCCUGUCAUUGAAUUCUGGGAGAGAAGGGUGUUGCGGCUCUCUCCAGGUAUUGACCAGAUGGGCUCUCUGAACUGGGAUCUGGCCCUGUGUCUGCUUAUUGCCUGGGUCAUGUGCUACUUCUGCAUCUGGAAAGGAGUGAAAUCAACAGGAAAGGUUGUGUAUUUUACCGCUACCUUUCCCUACCUCAUGCUUCUGGUGCUUCUCAUUCGAGGCCUUACCUUACCAGGGGCUGUGAGGGGCAUCCAGUUUUACCUGUACCCUGACGUGGGGCGUUUAGCUGAUCCACAGGUAUGGAUGGAUGCAGGAACCCAAAUUUUCUUCUCAUAUGCCCUCUGUUUAGGGAGUCUAACAGCCCUUGGGAGCUACAACAAAUUCAACAACAACUGCUACAGGGACUGCUUGGCUCUCUGCUUUCUAAAUAGUGGGACAAGCUUUGUGGCUGGCUUUGCCAUCUUCUCCAUUCUCGGUUUCAUGUCAUAUGAGCAGAAUGUACCAAUUUCUGAAGUGGCCGAGUCUGGUCCUGGUCUGGCCUUUAUUGCAUACCCCAGGGCUGUUUCAAUGAUGCCUUUCUCUCCUCUGUGGGCCUGCUUCUUCUUUAUCAUGAUAAUCUUCCUUGGACUGGACAGCCAAUUUGUCUGUGUCGAGAGCCUGGUCACAGCCAUAGCGGACAUGUAUCCGGCUGUGUUUCGCCGUAGGAACCGCAGAGAGCUCCUCUUGUUUGUGGUGUCCAUCCUCUUCUUCCUGGUGGGCCUUAUCAUGCUGAUGGAGGGUGGGAUGUACGUAUUCCAGCUGUUUGACUACUAUGCAGCCUCGGGCAUGUGUCUGCUCUUCAUGGCCAUAUUUGAGACUGCUUGCAUUGCCUGGGUCUAUGGUGCUGAUCGCUUCUAUGAUAAUAUUGAGGAUAUGAUUGGCUACCGCCCAGGCCCUCUAAUCAAAUACUGCUGGAAGUUUUUCACCCCAUUCACCUGCAUAGGCACAUUUGCUUUUUCCCUCAUCAAGUACACACCUCUGAAAUACAACAGUGUGUAUGUGUAUCCUUGGUGGGGUUAUGCAGUAGGCUGGCUCCUGGCUCUGUCCUCCAUGCUGUGCAUCCCCGCAUGGAUGAUCUUCAAGAUCGCCAACACAAAAGGAACUCUAAUAGAGCGCCUCAAAAUCCUUACUAAGCCAUCAAGUGAUUUACCCAAAACCAAGAAGGAGGAAGAGAGGCUGCUGGCUAUUUUUACUGUGGGGAACUCAGCCUCACCUAACAAGGACGACUUCCUCUCAGAGCAUCUGAAGGACACAAAACUGUAGAUUUUUAAUUUUUUACUCAAUCCAUCUGUUUGAGUGUUCAUCCAUCUUCAUCAACUUCAUCUGCCUGAGAAUAUUUCAAAAAGGACAGACAAAAAAUGUUUUAAAAUAAUUCUGAGGAACAAGGAUACAGAGGUUUUGCUUCAGAGGUGGGGAACUCCAAUCCCAGAGGGCCAGGUUCUUGCACUGUUUGGUGAUUUUCCUCCCCAAGCACAUCUGAUUCUAUUCAUUAACGAACGGCCAGGUUUAGUUGGUGUGCUACAGUAGAGAAAUCGUCAAACUGUGCUGGACUCCAGCCCUCAGUUCCUCACCCUGUUUUACAUUUAUGGACCUACUUACUUGAUGUCAUAUUGUCAUACUGGUGCUCAGCCUUUUCUCUCUGAAGGACUAAAACAGUUGCAUAUUGAGGAAAAUACAAAUUUGCAGCUGUCAAAUUACUAGUCAGUUUACUGAUAGGCAGUUACUGAUAUAGAGGUAGUGUUACUGUGCACACAAAUACAACACACAGUGAUAAAAUAAUAAUGUUUAAAUUGACUUAAUGUACUCAAUUUCUACACGUCCA